AUGGCAGCCGCCGCGAGCAAUGGGAAUCGGCCAAUUCAUUGCUCCCUCUCCUCCUCCCCUCUUCCUCCCCCCUCUCCGCUCCACCCCCCUCCUUCCGCUUCCCCCUCCAUUUCCUCCCUUCCCCUCCUUCUUCCCCCCUUCACUCCGCUUCCCCACCCGCCCUUCCCCCGUUGCCAACCUCCCAGAGCUUCCCCCGACAUGGCGGCAGCGCGCGCAGAGGCGCUGCUGCCGCGCGAGCGGAGCGAGUGUAACCUGCAGGGCGGGCAUGAGCAGCACCUGCACCACCACCACCACGGCUUCGGCGACAAAACCAUCACGUUCUGGGGGUCUUGCGUGCUCAACUUCAAUAAUAUUACGGGACCAGCGGUCGUAGUUCUCCCGUUGCUAUACGCACAAGCGGGAUGGUUUUUACCAACCGCCGGGCUCACGCUCAUGUGGCUGUUUUCGUCGUUUGCGGCCACGAUGAUGUGCGAAGCGCAGCAGCGAAUUCCGGGUAACAAGGGUUUCGCCAGGCGGUUUGAGUACUGCACACUCGUGCGGCAUUACUUCGGCGAUCGGUGGUACGCGCUCGCGCAGAUUGGGUUCAACGCGGGGCUGCUCGCUUCGAACAUCGCGUCCAUGAUUGUUACAUCGCAGGUCCUAGACUCGGUGGUGUAUCGGCUAGCUGGCACAUCGUAUGGCAUGGACUAUGGGCAGUGGCCGCCCGCGUUUAUCGAGUCCCUUGCAACGGGAGGGGCGGGAGGGAAUGUGUGCGCAUGGGGGACCACCAGCAGCGGUGACUGCAACCGAUCGGUGAUCUCCCUGGGAUUUGUCCUGGCAAUGGCAGUCUGCAUCCCAUUUGCUCGCCUAAACCUAGACGACAACAUGGGCUUCCAGUGGCUCUCCAUGCUCGCCCAGCUGCUCUUCUCCUUUGAGUUUGCCGCCCAGUUCCUCUCCAACCUCCUCCCCGGCUCCCCCAACUACUGCGCCGGGAAUGGGCCUGGCAGAACACCCUUUCUCGGACUCGAUAUAAGUCAGGUGCUAGGGGUGUGUGUGUUUGCAUACUCCUACGUCAGCACCAUCCCCUCGUGGGCCAAUGAGAAGAAGCCAGGUGUCAACGUCAACAGAGCCAUCUGGCUGCCUGCUUCCGUUGGCUGUGCCCUCAACAUCCUACUUGGCCUCCUAGGCGCGUGGGCGUACAAGCUAGUGGACGACGCAGGCCACCCGUUCAAGGGCACAGACAACAUGCUCAACAUGCUGGACGGGCAGGCCGAUGCUGCCACUGCAUGCGGCCACCCCCAUGUGGCCCCAGCAACAGAGUUCUCGGUGUACAUGUGGGGCUUCUUUGGCUACAUCCCGGGAAUUCCCAUUCUGGCCAUCAUGGUGCGCUACAACCUGCAGGCCUCGGGUCUCUUCUCCGACUCAGCUGCCUUCUUCUGGGCAGUUGUCGCGCCCUGGCUGCUCACUGCAUUUUUCUACCAAGCUCAGCGUGCUACAGCCCACAACCUGCAGGCUUCAGGCCUCUUCUCCGAGUCAGCUGCCUUCUUCUGGGCGGUUGUAGCGCCCGCCCUGGUUACCCACUGCCUUCUUCUACCAAGCUCAGGCCUCGGGUCUCUUCUCCGACUCUGCACCAACCCUGAUGAAGCACCCACCAACCCUCCCUUACCCACCAUCCCUCCCCUGCACGCACUCCCUCUGCAUCCCUCUGCACCCCUCCGCACCUCCCUUCAGUUCUGCAACUGGGUGGCCAUCAUCUGCCAGGGAUUCAUCAACCUCGUCGUCCUAACUCUCCUCUUCCGUGCCGCUCUCAUCACCUCCCCCACCCCCGAAGAGCUCGAAUCCCGGGGCUACCUCCUCAUCCAAGCAGCCAUUAACGUCCAGUUCUGCAACUGGGUGGCCAUCAUAUGCCAGGGAUUCAUCAACCUCGUCGUCCCAACGCUCCUCUUCCGGGCCGCACUCAUCACCUACCCCACCCCCGAAGAGCUCGAAUCCCGGGGCUACCUCCUCGUCUCCUCCUCCCCUCCCUCCUCCACACCCCUCUCCACCACUCCCCCCGCCUCCACACCGCUCCGAACCUCCUCCAGCGCUGAUCGGAGCCUCGUGGGGCUGAUUCAGAAUGUGAUUGCGGCACUCUCUCCCAAGCACUCACCAAGUUCGUCUGAAGGAGGAGGGGGAGUUAUGGAGAGUGAUAUGGAAGGGGCCGGUGCUUAUAAGCAGAUGCCGGAUGGUGCAGGAGGGGAGGUGGGGCGGGGGGGGGAUGUGAUUGUAGAGGGGGCUCGCGUGGUGGUGGAUUCAGAGAGUGACAGUGGGAGUGUGAGUGAAGAGGGAGGGAGCGAGACAGAACCUCUCACCACCGCCGCCGCCAACACUACCACUGCCACUGCAAAUGCUGCUGCACCAGCCGUGGCUGUAGAGGUGGAUCGGAAUAGAGGGACAGCAGGACCAACAACACAACGGCAGGCAGCUAGCCGAACAACCGGAGCAGAUCCUGUGGCUCUGAUUGGUCCAGGUCAGAAGGUGGUGCUCGAGCCACCUGUGCAAGCAGUGCCUACAUGGCUGCGUGUGGACCCCUUGGUAUUCGCCAGCGCGAUGACGUGGACGACAGGUUUAUUAGUGGCUGUCAGCAUCGCCAUCACCCUCCUCUCCCCGUAA